AUGGCUUUCUUACCGAUUCAUCGUUAUCGUGUCAACGAUCCGUUUCGACAGCUGUUCGGUAAUCAACUCGAGUUCUUCGAUCCAUGGCAGGAUUACAAUGCGACUCAAGCGACUGUAUCGAAUGCGUUUCGAUGGAUCAAUGAACCACUUUGUCUUACCCGUAAACGCUUGAAAUCGAGACUUAAAGACAAAUUUCGUAUACAACUUAAUGUAGACGGUUUCAAUCAAGACACAAUUCAAACGCAAAUUGAAGGUAAAAAAUUAGUUGUCCAAGCCAAAUAUGAUGAUCGUCAAAUCAAUGGUGAUUUCAAUCAUCGAGAAAUGCGGAAAAGUUAUGAACUACCUGAGGAUGCUGGUAUGUUAUUUGCAAGUAGUGUAGUCUAA